AUGUCCCUUGAAGCUAAAGAUAUCAAGGAGCAAGCGUCUCAUAUUGAAGAUGCCGACUCCUUUGAAAAAAACAACCUCAGAGAAACCGAGAUCGAUGUUGCUGAUGCUCUACUUAACGACGAUAUUGCUGACGGAGAAGAAAUUCUCCGACUCAAGAAAAUCGUUGGUGAAGGUCGUGAGGCAAUGGAAAAAAAACUUCUUUGGAAAAUGGACCUCCGUUUGAUUGCCCCACUUAUCAUCAUUUUCAUUUUGAAUUUCUUGGACCGUACUAAUAUUGCCACCGCCCGUUUGGAUAAGCUUGAAGAAGAUACUGGAUUGAAAGGUACCCAAUACAACACCAUCAUUGGUAUUUUUUACGUCGGUUAUGUCUUGACUCAAUUUGGUACCAACUUGAUCAUCAGUAAAGUUAGACCUUCGGUGUUUUUGCCAUCUAUUAUGGUCUCUUGGGCUAUUGUUAGUGCCAGUUGUGGUGCAGUGCAAAGCUUUGGUGGUUGGGUGGCCAUCAGAUUCAUUUUGGGGGUUGUGGAAUCACCAUUCUUUGGGGGUUGUCUUUUCUAUCUUUCCGCUUGGUACACUAAAAAAGAAUUGGCCACCAGAUUGUCUAUUUUCUACUGUGCCUCAUUGAUGUCUAAUGCGUUUGGUAGUUUGCUCGGUCAAGCCAUUCUUGACAGAUUUCAACACGACAACCGCGGAAUUGCUGCCUGGAGAUGGCUUUUCAUCAUUGAAGGGUCUGCAACCGUGCCUAUCGCUAUAAUCUGUAUGUUCAUUUUGCCAGAUUAUCCUCACAACACCAAGUUCCUUGAUGACAAAGAAAAAGCCCUUGCAAGAUUGAGAUUGAUCGAAUUCUCUAGUCAAAACGAUGAUUUUGAAAACCAGUCUAUCAAAGAAGGUGUUAAAGCUGCUUUCACCGACCCUGCUUUGUAUUUGCUCUGGAUUAUCCAACUUGGUAUCAUGACUGCUGCUACUUGUAAUGCCUUCUUCCCAACAAUUAUUGGAACUUUAGGUUACGACAGACAAAAGACUUUGUUUAUGGUGGUUCCACCAUGGGUGGUUGCCGCAAUCUUGUCGGUCUCUUUAUGUUUCCAUUCUGAUAAAAAGAAUGAAAGAGGUUGGCAUAUUGCUUGUGGGCUUAUUCUUCCACUUGUGGGAUUUAUCAUUGCCAUUUCCACCAUGAAUAUCGCCGCCCGUUACUUUUCCAUGUUCUUGAUGCUUGGGAUUUACUCACCAUUCACCAUUGUGUUUUCCUGGAUUUCCACCACCUUGUCUACUCCUCCAGCUAAGCGUUCGAUUUCGUUUGCCUUUGUCAAUGCCUUUGCCAACAUUUCUUCGACAUACGCCACCUAUUUCUAUCCUGCCUCGUCCAGUCCAAAGUACACCGAAGCCUGGGCUUGUAAUCUUGCAUUCACUGCUUUGGCAAUCAUUGGCACCAUUGUGUUGAAGUUCUACCUUAAGAGCAGAAACGACAAAUUGGAUGCUGCCAAUGAGGAAGAUUUGGCCACCGAAGGGAAACGUAUUGGCUCCAGAACCAUUGCUUUGGCUAAGAAAUACGAUUGUGAACCACAUUACAGAUUCACCACUUGA